UACAUCACAGCAAAGUUUCAGAUGGAGAAAAAUGCACAUUGGUCAAUCAGACAAAAUGGCAAUACUAUGGCACCCACAACACGGAUGGAAACUUAACUCUCACCUGGAUGCAGCAGGCACUUGCAGCAAGCCACAUCAACAUAGAAGUCUGGGGAUACCAGGAAACAGGUGACAGUUACUCAGAAAAUUGGUUGGCUGAAUGGAAGUAUCUUUAUACUUUGGCAAGAGAUAUACCCAAUAGUGGGAAAUUUUCUUUCAUUCCUGAACCAGCUAAAGGAGAUUACAGCACGUGGGACUUUGGAAUUUUGAGGAUUACACCCAGAAAUUAUUCUGAUGGGCAGAGCAAUAUUCCAUCAAUCUGGAGCUCAGAGCAUGCACUGGCUUGGCACCUUGGGGAAGACUUCAGAAGUAACCCAAAUGCAUGGGCGACUGCGAAAUGUUUAGAAUGGGACAGAAAGGAGGAGAAGCUUCCAAAUUUCAUAGAAGAAAUUAUAGAUUGCCCUUGCACUUUGGCACAGGCAAGGGCUGACACUGGCAGGUUCCAUGCAGAUUAUGGCUGUGACAUUGAAAAGGGCAGCGUGUGUACUUAUCACCCCGGUGCUGUACAUUGUGUAAGAGCCAUUCAAGCCAGCCCCCAGUACGCAGCAGGACAGCAGUGCUGCUACGACUCCACAGGGACCCAAGUCCUCACACAGGACUCCACAGGAGGCAGCACACCUGACCGAGGCCAUGACUGGGGCUCACCCCCUUUCAUGAAGCCUCCCCGGAUACCUGGCUUUUCUCACUGGCUUUACGAUGUCAUCAGCUUCUAUUACUGCUGCUUGUGGUCUGAUAAUUGCCACCUGUACAUGAAAAGGAGGCCCUCCAGUGACUGCAGGACCUACAACCCGCCACGAGCUGCAUCUGCAUUUGGGGACCCCCACUUCCUUACAUUUGAUGGUCUGAAUUUCACCUUCAAGGGCCAAGGAGAAUACACAUUGAUAGAGUCUGAGCUCACAUCCCUAAGUGUGCAAGGGAGGACUCAGCAGGCACAUUUUCCCAAUGGAACUGGGGCGCAGGUGACAGGCUUGUCUGCAGUGGCCAUGAAGGAGAAUGGCUCUGAUGUGAUCGAAGUACGCUACUCAGAGGAUUUGAAUCUGGAGGUCCUAUUGAACCAGAAGGUUGUCAACUUCUCUGAGCAAAGUUGGAUGGACCUGAAAGGACUCUUUCUCCACUCCACAGCUGAUAACAUUACAGUGAUGUUUUCUUCUGGGUCCGGAGUGGAAAUAAGGGGAAGCAGAGGAUUUCUGACCCUGACAGUUCUGCUUCCACCGAAGUUUAUGAAUCACACACAGGGUCUCUUUGGGGUAAUGAAUGGCAAUAUAGAGGAUGAUUAUACCUUUAAGAAUAAAACCACCAUGCCAGUUCAUGUGAGUCCCCAGCAGCUGUUUGAGUUUGGAGCUAACUGGGCUGUCGAAAAUGGAAGUUCUCUCUUUACUUAUGACACAGAGUACUUACUGAAGAAUUUCUUUUAUGGAGAAAAGCACAAUGCUUCCUUUCUGCCCACGUUCUUUCCUUAUGAAGACCCUGAUGAUUACCUGGUGAAGGAGACAGUCUUGCUCUGUGGCUCUGACCCGUUCUGCAGAUUUGAUGUUCUAACAACAAGAAGCCUCCAAGUGGGAAGUUCCACAAAAGCAUCUCAUCAGAAUCACAAACAGCUGGUAGAAAAUCUAGAGCCAGUGAUCUCUUGUGGCUGGCUGGAUCAUCCAGCCAACGGAAGAAAGAAUGGAACUAACUACCUGCUGGGCUCAACUAUUGGCUUCAUCUGCAGUCAGGGCUAUGACCUCAUUGGGUCAAAAGAAAGAGUUUGCCAAGUGCCGGGGGCCUGGUCUGGAGACACACCCAGCUGCAUCCCCAGAACAGAUAUCAGACAAAUAAUCCUCCUUGGCUGUGUAUUUGGAAUAGUUGGUCUUGCGGUCCUGGCACGUCUGACUCUCUUAUGCAGGAAGGAGAGGUGAGACUCAGAUGAACUGAAAACACAAAUGAACC